UCAAUAAUUCCGCCUCAUUUUUCACAACACACAAAAAAAUCCAAAAAUCAAAUCUCUCUCUCACUCAAAAGAGAGAACACAGAACCAAACCCUAACAAUGGUAGAUUCAACAACAACCCCUCAAACAACAAUAACCAUCCCUUCAUCCUCACCACCAUCACCAGUAGUAGCUGUCGACUCCAAAACCCCUAAAUGUUCAAUAACCACUUCAUCCUUUUCAUUCCCAAGACCAGCUAUAAGAGUAACCUCAGAAUUCGAUAGUGAUAGUUUAUCAUUCUUUAAUAAAGUUUCUUGUAAGGUUUUUGAUAACCUUGCUAAAUUCAAACUUUCUUUUUCGAACAGUAAGAAUGGUGAAAUCUCUGAUCCUCAAAUCGGGUUUGUUUCUAAGUAUUUGUCUCUGCAAUAUGAUGUUGAAGAGAAGAAUGCUUUUGUCAAGAGUAAUUUUAAUGUUGGGGAGAAGUUGAGUUUUAGAGCUACUCAGGAUGUUAAGGCGCAACAAGGAGAGGUGGCCAUGGUUGCAAGUCUUCCCGAUCCUUCCUAUAAACUCGAGUUAUCAUCUGCUGUUCCAUCUGUUGGUUUGCCAAGGGCAACCUUUAGAUUUCCUGCUGGUGAAGUUUCCUUGGAGGAAAGAGAAGAAGAGGCCGAGGAACUCAAGAAAGUGCUGUCAGUUAGUGGGAUUGUGAAAGGACAGUUUUUGAAUGGAAUUUGCACUGCACAGUACCAGGAUGAUGAUUUGAAUCUUAGGUACUCAUACAAGGAUGAGCAAGUUUCAUUCAUCCCAAGAAUAUCCCUCCCCUCAAAUGCCGUGGCCUUUGCAUUCAAGAGGCGGUUUAGUCCUUCAGACAAGUUGAGCUACCUGUACAACUUCGAUUCGAGUGAAUGGAGCGCUGUUUACAAGCACACCGUUGGGAAGGACCUCAAACUGAAAGCUGGUUAUGAUUCAGCUGUGCGACUAGGCUGGGCAUCUGUUUGGGUUGGAGAUGAAGAAGGCACAGCAAAGACUGCCCCAAUGAAGAUGAAAAUGCAGUUCAUGGUCCAGGUCCCUCAAGAUGAUAUAAAAACCACUGCAUUGAUUUUCAGGGUCAAGAAAAGAUGGGAUAUAUGAGUAGAGGCAUCUGUGUUAUAUCAGCAACCAUUAUUUUAUUCUUCUCUCUACCGUCUAGAUUUAAAGUUUCAAUCACGUGAUGUAUGGAUACAGCUUCUUGUUUAAUAAUUUCUUCUCAAGAUUUCGUGUUACUUACUCAAAUAGUGUUCCCUUAGAUGGGUUGGAGAGUUGGAUAAACAAGCUAAAAAUUUACUGUUUCUAUCUAACACUGUCUUGUUUUACCA